GGAAAAGAAUUAAUAGUAAAAUAGAACUGCAAUUUUGAAAGAUAGUCAGAGGUCAAUCUUUGAAAAGGAGUUAAAAUAUUAAAGGUAUUUUUUUGAUUAUUAAUGAUAGCUAAUUCGAAAAUAGAAUAUGUAUAGAAAUUUAAUUUAGAAUAAAAAAAACACUGAUUUAAAGUAAAUGAGAGUUCUAAUAAGAGGAAUAGAUGAAUUAGGAAAGAUUUCAGGAUCAUAGAUUGAGUAUGAAAUUUUCUUAAUUUAGAAAUGACUUCAAUAAUUUAAAUACAGAUCUAAGAGAUUUUAUUUAAAAAUUUGCUAAUACAGUAAUGAAGAGUUUAAAAUGA